GCUUGUGAAUUAGUAGAGCAAACAGAGUGGACAAGUGACUCACUCAUAAACUAUGGUUUAUAUCAAUUCAAAUAUAAAAUCUAAAACAUCUAAAACUACAGUAAAUAAAACACUUAAAUGAAAAUAGUUAUAAUAAACACAAUGUUAUUUACGAGACAUGCAUUAUGUUUUAUUUUUACACUAUUUGUGGUUAAAAUAAGUUGUACAGAUUUAUGUUUAGAAAACAAUAUACACGCCCUUAUUCUAGCUAGAGGAGGAAGCAAGGGUAUAAAACUAAAAAAUCUAGCUCAAGUUGGCGGCUAUUCAUUGUUGGCCCGUACAAUUAAAACAAUUAAAAAUUCUUCUUGUUUUAAACACAUAUGGGUUUCCACGGACGAUAAAAACAUAGCCUUGGAAGCACAAAAGUUUGGUGCAUUGGUACAUCAUCGUCCACUUCAAUUUGCGAGAGAUGAUACUCCUUCCAUUGAUGCCAUUGCUGAGUUCUUGAAUUCACACACAACUAUUCAAGAUUUUGCGCUCUUUCAAUGUACUUCCGUAUUUUUAAAAACUAACUACAUUCAAGAGGCAGUGCAAAAAUUCGAGUCACACGACUGUGUUUUUGCUGCCAAGAGAUCUCAUUACCUGCGUUGGAAAAUGGUUGACGGUUUCUUGGUACCUGCUGAAUUUAAUUUAACUUCCAGGCCAAGACGUCAGGACUGGAAGGGAGAUAUAGUUGAAACGGGAAUGUUUUAUUUUUCAAGAAGACGUCUGGUGGAUAUUGGUCUGCUACAAAAUAAUAGGUGCUCCAUUGUGGAAAUCGAUGCCAAUGACGGCCUGGAGAUUGAUUCGGGGCACGACCUCACCAUGGCAAAAUAUAUUUUAAGUAGUAGAACGAAAAUUGAUCUAUAAAAUUCUUUGCUAUAAUCUAGAGUUAAAUAGUUUAACACUUAAAGUUUUGG